GAGGAAUCCGCAUGUCAACAAAAUGAGGAGGUGUUUUUGAACAUUUGGCAGGAAACAGUCCUCUCGCAUAGCUGUCCUGUUAGGAGGAGCACAAGAAGAGGUGUGAACGUCUGUGUGAACAUCUGUGUGAACACCUGUGUGGACGUCGUGAAACAGUGCUUCUGGGAGGCAUGAAUGACUUUGCAGUUCUCAACACGGGGCGGAAGAUGCCCCUCCUUGGACUGGGGACGUGGAAGAGUGAGCCAGGAAAGGUGAAACAAGCAGUUAUUUGGGCAUUGGAGGCUGGGUAUCGCCAUAUUGACUGUGCAGCCAUCUAUGGCAAUGAGGUUGAGAUUGGCGAAGCCCUACAGGAGACUUUUGGCCCCGGCAAGGCCCUGAGAAGAGAGGACGUGUUCAUCACAUCCAAGCUGUGGAACACCCGACAUCACCCAGAGGACGUGGAGCCGGCCCUCCUGAAGACGCUGAAGGACCUGAAGCUGGAGUACCUGGACCUCUACCUCAUCCACUGGCCCAACGCCUUUCAGCGAGGAGACUCUCCUUUCCCAAAAAAGGAGGACGGCACCAUGCUGUAUGACGACAUAGACUACAAGCUGACCUGGGCUUCCAUGGAGAAGCUGGUGGAGAAGGGCCUCGUCAGAUCUAUCGGCCUGUCCAACUUCAACAGUAGGCAGAUAGAUGACGUUUUGUCGGUCGCCAGCAUCAAACCCACGGUCCUGCAGGUAGAGAGCCACCCGUACCUGGCCCAGGUAGAGCUGCUGGCCCACUGUCGGGACCGGGGCCUGGUGAUGACGGCCUACAGCCCUCUGGGCUCUCCUGACCGGGCCUGGAAACAUCCAGAUGAACCUGUUCUGCUUCUGGAGCCUGUGUUGGCCACCCUUGCAGAGAAAUAUAAAAAGUCCCCUGCUCAGAUCAUCCUGAGGUGGCAGACACAACGAGGAGUGGUGACAAUCCCCAAGAGUGUGACAGAGUCCCGUAUCAAAGAGAACAUUCAGGUGUUUGACUUUACCCUUGAAGCGGAGGAAAUGAAGAGUAUUGCAGCCCUGCACAAAGGCUGGCGCUACAUUGUACCAACGAUCCAAGUGGAAGGAAAAAGCGUUCCCAGAGAUGCAGGACAUCCUCACUACCCUUUCAACGACCCCUACUGACAACUCAGUCUGCAACCCUGAAUUUGUGCCUUCAACUACCCCACAUCACCCCCCCCCACCCACAUCACUAAUAAUCCCAGAGUUUGUCUUUAGAUUAAGUCAAAUCCUGCUUUUAUCAUUAGAAUUUCAAGUUAUUGUUGGUGAUGAAGAAUCUGGUAUGACUGUAUACAUACUACGUACAUGUUAUUUUUUAAAUAAACAUUUUGUU